AUGUAUCAACUACCUUUUCUAAACAGGCCAGAUUGCGAAGGGAGAAACCUUGGGGGGUUUCUUUUUGCCGUCGCAGGAGAUCAUCUACUCUUCUCACAGUUGGAUUCGGACAUUCGGUGGGAAAGCCAUGAUAACACAUCGCAGCCUGAGAUGGACUCCGGAGCAAUACCUCGCAAGAUAAAGACGGGUGCCAAGCCAAUGAACAUUGCCUACAUGGAGUCCCAACGCAGGAUGAUAGUGUCGGCUCUCGAGGCAAAAGAAAAGUCGCCACGAGAUGGGUACCGCGUGCUGUUCUCAACGCUUAGCCUGCUAAAGAUGAAUGACGAAAAAUCGAUUCAUGAUCUGGAGAUCAAACAGGAGGACGACAAUGCCCCUCCUGAAGGACUUCUACUCGCGCAGUACCAACUGGAACAUGCUGAGAGAGUACAUUGUGCAAUUGAGUGGCCGUUUGUAGAUCACCAGGACAAAAAGAGAUCACUUCUCAUCGUUGGCACUAGCAUCCAGGUGGGGCCUUUCAAGUUCAAGGGGAGGAGACUGAUUUUCAGCACUGGAAAGAAUCGAUCUAAACUGCAGUUACAGAAGGAUUCUCAUUAUGAUAAUCCUGUCUACAGUAUUGCCUUGUGGAGCAACAAUACUAUCGCUAUGGUGGUCGGCAAGACCCUAUCUUUGGAGUGUUUUGACUCCCAGGCUGGCCGGUAUGUACGAGCAUUCAGUAACUUUGCAGCUCUCGCCUAA